AUGGCCUCGCCGGGCACACCAGGAACGAUGUACAAGGAGCGGGAGAGUCAGGUAAACCCCUCGGAAGUCGUUCAGAACGAUCAAGAAGCAGCCCCAAAACAAUGGACCCCGUUUCUCUUGACGCCUCAGGUUCCAGCCGUCUUAGCCGCGCUAAUGGUGCUGGCGGCGAUCGCGCUCCAAGUUGGUAACUAUGCAAUCAUAAAAAAUAACGGAUGGCAAUUGCCUCCGCUGACUGUGAGGGGGAAGGAUUAUAUUCAUUACGCAUAUACAUGGAUACCCGUUGUAUUGGUGAUGGGGUUGGUCUCAGCCAUCGCCGGAGCCGAUAUGCUUGUUCUCAAGUUAGUUCCAUAUAUGGAGCUCUCUCGGGCCAACGGUGCCAAAGGAGAGACGCUACUCCUUGACUAUACAGGAGAAUCAAAGUUUCUGGUCUGGAUACUCCAACUUCAAAACCGACAUUAUCUCGCAUUCCUCUCGACGGUGAUCGUCUUGAUGCUACUCGGUCUCCAGCCACUUGCGUCUAGUUUGUUUGUUCUCUUGGAUACAGAGGUAGUCCUGCCACCAAUUGGAGUCCCACGAUUCGGCACUGUGGGCAUCAACGACACUUUGAAUAGUCUCCACGGAUUCUCCUCUGCCGCAGGUUUUGCGGAGGCCGAUGCCCGUUAUGACCUUGGGAGACCGCCGUUUGUAUGGAGAACGUGGGCUGUGGACGAAUUCGAGCGCCCAACAUCCUUCAUCUCCAAUGGGACAAUGCAAGCGAAUACCACGGGAAUCCAAACACUUCCCAACUGCGUUUCUGGUUCAGACGUGUCAUUCACGCAGACUGGAGGGAGCUAUCGCUUGACUGGAAAGUGGAACGAUUGCACUUUCGACAGGACGUUUACCGCAGACAAUGACGAUGAUAUCUACGGGGUCGACGUUACAAGCUCUUGCACUUCUCAGGCUAUCAGCGGCCUGGCCGACCCGGUCAAGCCGGUGGUAUUCUGGUUUGCGACAAAAUAUCUAUCUACAGGCUCUCUCGUCUUUUGCCAGCCUAAACUCUCGCUACACAAUGUGAUCGUCACCGUCAAUUUGGCCAAUGGCCAAUUGAUCAACGUUGUCCCCGUUGGUGACUAUGCCUUGGCGAGCAAUGUCACCUCCGGACCUCCAUUGAAUGGAAAUGUGUGGAAUGGUGUCCAGUUCAACCUUACGAAUUCCGACGCCGGCACGCUCGUUCGCGCUAAUUCAACACGACUGCAGCUGUCUCAAGCAGCCUUUCUCCUCAUGCAGCGGAAUGGUCUCCAGACCGUCCUCCAGGACCAAAAUCAAGUUCUCGACAUUACAGCAACGCGAUACCAGCUCUAUUUAGCACUGUCGGCAAGGUCGAAUUACUUUGUGACCGAUAGAAGUGGCUCAAAGGUCAUGGUUGCAAUCACAGAGAUCCAGCAGAGACUAUGGAUGUCCAAACUCUCGACGCAUCUGGGCUCUGCCAUACUCUUUGUGGGCGCCAUUCUGUUGAGCACGUUGCACUACCUUCACUGGAAGCAACGAAAGGGCAUGAAACUAUAUGCACCGCCGUCGAUUGCAACAGCGGCUGGGAUGGCCAAUGGCUCGCCCAUGCUGAAUAUCUUGCAUUCUGACGAUUCUGGAGAUAAACAGGCGCAAGCGCUUCGAAACCGACAAUUUGGAGUUGAUCCGUUUGGCAAGAUUGUCCUUCUCGACCAGAAAUGA